AUUUCUGAAGAGAGGGGCAGCAGGAGGCAUGUAUCUGUAGGACAUAGCUGAGGUCUGUUUCCAGAGGGCUCAGAUAUGGAGCUAUCCCAUGCAAAACUGAGGAUGGGCACUGCAUGGUGCAUUCUCAGGCGACUUUGAAAGAGUUCAUGCUAAGACUGCUGCUUUUGGGCUAAAUCUUCAAGAAGCUAGCUGUCCUCCAGAAUCUCGACUCCGCUUGCAGCUCUCAACGUUUUCCUCGGGGGGCCACCAGAGGCCUCUCCCCAGCUUGGAUCUUACUGGAUGUUUUCCUGACAGUGGGGGGUGGCGGAAAAAAGAUUUGGAGAACUUCCCAUGGAUCCGAACGUCCAGGGGUCUUUCCUCUUCAACAACAGCCUGAACCAGUUCCCCUCAGACCUUAAGGCACCGGUGUGCCAGUACUCAGUCCCCAACUCUUUCUACAAACUCAACCCGGGCCUUAACACCCAGUUGCAGCCGGGGACUCCCCACGGCAUCAGCGACAUCCUGAGCCGAUCCAUGGUGGGGGUUGGCUCCUCCGGCACCACCACGCUGCUGUCUGGGUACUCCCCCAUGGGGGGGUUCGGUCCCUCUGUAACCACUGCGUCCAUGUACUACAACCGAGACUACAACCCCUCGCUGGGCUUCUCCAAAAGCACCGCGGAGUGCCCCAUGAAGGGCCGUAGUGUGAGCUGCUGGGCAGAGAGCAGCUGUGACUGGAGAGGAGGGAGACAACAGUGCACUGGCGGCAGUGAUCCACUUGGGGAAAUGCCCAACAGGAAGAAACACACCAGACCAACAUUUAGCGGACACCAGAUAUUUGCUCUGGAGAAGACCUUCGAGCAAACUAAGUACUUGGCCGGGCCAGAAAGAGCAAGACUGGCUUAUUCUCUGGGAAUGACUGAGUCACAAGUUAAGGUGUGGUUCCAGAACCGACGCACUAAGUGGAGGAAGAAGAGCGCCUCGGAGCCCAGCUCCACGCAGGCCACGCACGCCGGACAGGGCGGGGAGGCCUCGGAGAACGAGGUGGAGGACGAGGAGUACAAUAAGCCGCUGGACCCCGACUCAGACGACGAUAAGAUCCGACUGCUGCUGCGCAAACACCGCAGGGCUUUUUCUGUGCUAAGACUGGGGCCGCACCCUGUCUGAAACACACACACACACACGCACACACACGCCCAGGCACACACACACACACACACACUUCACUCAACAGACCUGCAUGCUGUGAUGAAUAAAGUAACGUCUGUUUAAAGUUGGGGGAUAGGGGUACGGAGUGAGCAUGUGCAGAUGAUGUCCCACAGAGGAGAAUUGAAAAGUCAGAGAUUAGAAUUCAAAUGACGUGAGACUUCCGGCCUGCUGUUAUUGCCAUAAUUCCUUACAUAUAAUUGUUCACAAACAAAUAAAAAAAUUCUACAUUAAAAAAAACCCAAACAAUUGAAAUCUACUUGUAAAAAUAGCCAGUCUUUUAUCUCUCCAGGUCUUUCAGCAGUGUCUAAGGAAUAUAUUAUUUAAGUUAAAAAGUGUGAAAGAAUAAAAACGUGAAACAAUCAGGAUCUAGAGAAUUGAAUCAGAAUUACAAAUUUUAAUAUCUCGAUCGAUUUUCUGCGCAUACAUGUCUGAUGUUUUUAAGUUGCUCAACACCCUGUAAAAAUGUCCAGCUAAACAAUG